AUGAAGGUCCUCGCCCUUGCCCUCGUCCUCGCCAUGGCCUUGGUCAGCGUUGGCGCCGUGGCUAUUGAGCCCCAGGCUGACAUUGAAGCGCGCUGCCUCGCCAACGGCAAAAGGUGCAGGGCCAACGGCUCCAUGGGCAUAUGUUGCAGCGGCUUCUGCCUCGCACAGGGCAACAGGGUUGGCGUGUGCAGGCAGAAAUAA